AUGUCGUUGGAUGCUCCACUAGAUCUUCUAAAACUAAAUUUGGAUGAAAGAGUCUACGUUAAAUUACGUGGAGCUAGAGAGCUAACGGGAACUCUACAGGCUUUUGAUUCACAUUGUAACAUUGUACUCAGUGAUGCAGUCGAAUCGAUAUAUGAAUUGGUUGACGGUGAAUUGAAAUCUACCGAAAAAAGUUCAGAAAUGGUCUUUGUUAGAGGUGAUAGUGUAACCCUCAUUACUGCCGCCUCUGAUGAUGAAUAG